UGUACCAGCAAGAUUUUAAAAAGAAAAUGUACAAAUUCAUGGAUAUAAGAACAUUAAUGGGGCUAGAAAACUACAUUGGAAGGACAAGAAACUACCCCAAGUACAGUGUGCUCCAACUGUGCAAGAACUGCAACAACGGAGAAGAAUUUCAGCUGGGCUUGGAGGGAGAACAUUCUGCCCAUUCGGCACUGAGCUCAGACGUGGGGAACGGGGACCAGCAGGGCUCCCCCACUGCUGCUGGAGACGCAUCUCCAGCCCCGAGGGGUACCCCAGCGGACAGGGAGGUGCCUUUGGUGCCGACGGCCCUCCUGAGGCCCCAGGAGCAAGCAGAACCUGAGACCUGGGCCUCUCUUCACCUCAAGCCUUCUCCGGCCCUGAGACGGUCACUCUCCGGCGCUGCGACCCAGGCCACGCCAGCAGACUCCCUCCUGCGCACGGCGGCGUUGGGGUCCCGGGUACGGAACGUGUCGGUGGCGGGGGAGAAGGGGCGCCCCCGGGAGACUGGAUUGCCGGGGAAAGUCCCUCACCUCGGGCCGGCAGAGCUGGGCAUCCUGCUGGGCUGUGCGGCCGCACUGGGCAUGGCUGUCACCACGGGCCUCCGGUACCUGCACAGCCAGUACUGCCGCAAGCGCACCGAGGUGUCCAUCAGCGACCGCGACAGCAAUGUUAUCCACGUCCAGGAGUGCGGGGACCUGGUGCAGGUACGCAAGAUCCGGCAGAACAGCUUUGUCCUGCUGGAGGCCGAGUACGACGUCAUCACUCCCGUGGGGAAGUGACGGAGCUCAGCACUCACCUGGGCUUGACCACAAGAUGCGCGACAGAAACCAAAUAGUACACACCUUUCACGUGUCACAACCGUACCUGCAGAACAGCACAGCAGAGGCCGUGGUGGCUGAUAAGGCUGGGCGAGCAGGAGCCUGAAGGAACUUUGACUUUACUCCUCCCUGCAAACUCCUUUCAGACGACACCAUAUCGAUUAGAAUUGUUUGGUCACUGUUUGAAACCAAAACUCCAAGCUGACAUUUUCACACAUUAAUUUUGUGUUAUGUUUAUUGUUUUCUCUACUGGUUCCAAAAACAACAAUAAUAUACUAUACUUACUCACUGCUAGUAUCUCUUGUUUGAUAUUAUGUACUGUACUGUACUGACAUUCGGAGAAAUUCAGAGAGGCAGAAGAUGUUUAUGUUUGGGAACAAACCAUUGAAAUUGAAGGUGACUGUUAAAAGCUAGGAAUCCCAUCUUACAGUUAACAAACCUCCAACAGGUCUCAUGUGCUGAACAGUAAGUCACAAUGCCUAAAAGUGCAAAAUCAAAUACAAUUGCAUUUCUAUAGUACUUUUCAUCCCCAAGGAUCCCAGAGUGCAUCACAUACUGGGGAGCCACUGAACCUGGAGAGAUGUGCCAGCUCUGAUGUGCUGUGAUCUCCCUGCCAGAACUGGCCAAGCGAGAAAUUGUUUCGCCAAGUGAGUUUAGGGGGACCUUGGCAGAGCCCAGACUGUGCCCAACCACAGAAUCCUCUUAUACUGCUCCUGCCCCCAGUUUACCAGUCACCACUCGUGAAAUGUUUUGCAUUUAACAGUGCUGUGGUUUUGGGGUGUUUUCUGAUCUUUCAUGCUGGUAAAAGAGCUGGUAAAAAAAAACUAGUUACAAGAUUUGCUUUGGAAUAGUUCUUUCCACUGACAACUACUUUUCUUUCUUUUUUCCUGAAACGUAAUAUAGGAUACAUAAUGCGGUUGUUAAGUGAAUUAUGUGGGAAUCGGAAAACACUAACACUUAAGACCAAAGAAAUAUAGUCACCUGCAAACCUUACUGAGGCAUGCAGAUAGAAAAUGGAUGGACGUUUAGACCCAGUGAUGCUUGUACUAAUUUAGUAGUGUUAAUUGUCAAUUAAAAAAAUAUAAAUGGCAGCUUAAUGUGUCAUAUACACUGGAUGAAGGUGACAGUGUGCAUGCUUUAGUAAAAGAUUUAUGAAAAAGAGAUGCUAUACAUUAGUUUUGUAGAUUAGACCCUAAUCUUAUAAAAUGUAACUGAUUUGUACAUUUUAGAUAUUAUGAAAUAUAUUUACUUUAGGACGUAAACGUUUUAUAUGAGUUGUACUAAUACAGUGAUUAUGUUAGAAGAAAAAAAGUUAAUUCCCCAUUUAAAAUAAUGAGACAGCAAAUAAUUAUAUUGUAGUUACAGCAAUAUUUUACUCAUUUCUGUACCUUUUCCUUGGGAAUAAA